AGUUAUAAUAAUAAUAAUAAUAAUAUUAAAUAAUAUUAAAUAAUAUUAAUAAAUAAACAAUAACAAUUAACUUUUUAUUAUUAUGUUUAAUAAUUAGUUAUAUAUUCUUAAUUAAAUAUCACACUUUAUAAAUUAAAAAAAAAUGGUAGAAAAAUAUUAUACAAGUUCACCAAAACAAACUGCAGAAGAAAGAAGAACUUUUACUGCUACUGGUAAUGCAGGUCAAUAUAGAGAAAACUAUGAUAUCUCUGUCAAAGAAAAACCAGGCCAUUUAUCAUUCGAGCAAACACCAAUGUACUUGGAGCUUUCUGAAAUAGCUAAACAAAUCAAUGUAGAAAGAUCCCAACCAACUGUUAACAUUGGUCGUGCCGCUGAUCUUAUCCAUGUCAAACAAGAGCCAGUUCAAGUUAGCGUCAAACCAAAUCCAACUGAUGUUUACGUUACCUCAGACCAACAAAUCAUUGAAGUCGAACAACAAGCACCAGAGGUAGACAUUGAACAAUAUAUGCCAAAAUUCUAUCUCAAGAUGCCACCAUUCCGUGUUCAUUUGGAAAUGGAUGGUGCUCCAGAAAUUAUUAUGGAACCAUACCAACCAUCUAUUAAAGUUAGACAAUCUGAUCCAGUUGUUCGUGUAACUAAAUGUGACCCAAGAGUACAAGUUACUGAAAAUCCACCAAAGAUUGAUAUUACUCAAAUUGCCUCAAGUGUUGAUGUUGUUCCAUCAACCAAAGCUUCUAUCCAAGUUAAAGAAGAUAGACCAAAGAUUACUAUUCAAGAUUAUGCACCAACUAUGAAAUAUUCAGAAAGUGAAACUAAGAUCAACUACCAAUCAUACCAACCAGAAGUUCAAUGGGAAAACCCAACUCCAAAAGUUCAAGUCUUCCAAGAUGAACCAUCAAUUAGAGUUUCACAAGACCCACCACAAAUUGGUCUUAAAAAUAGAGAACCAAUUGUCAAUAUUAACACUAAAGCACCAAAGAUUGAUGUCCACCGUCAUCCAGUUUCAGUCUCUGUUGUUGAACCAUCUACAACUGUUCACUUUGGUAAUCAUGCAAGCUAUGCUCAAAUUGCCCAACAACCACCACUCUCACAUAAUUGGGAAGAAGUAAAGGCUAUUAAAGUAGAUCCAAAUGAAAAAUAUGGCUUUUUCUCCCCAUCAGAAAAAACCCGUACCACUUUCACUCUCUGGAAGAACAUUUUAAUGAAUACAGAAAGAGUUAUUGCCAAUAAAGGUGUUGGUAGAAACUACUUUACCCUCUUUGACGUAAAUGAUAAUAAACUCUGUGAAGUCUUCAAAGAAGAAUUAGGUGUUCAUAAAUUCAGUAUCAAUAUCCGUAGUUCAACUGGUGACCUCUUAUUCAAAGGUGAAUCACAAGGAAGAAAUCUCAAACUCUAUGAUACCCAAAAUAAUUUAUUCUGUACCAUUGAAUGCAACAAAGAACAAGUUGAAUGCUUCAACGAAAGAGGUGAAAAAUGCUUCUCCUUAUUACCAAACUCCAAGAAAUGGUUAUUUGAUAUCAGAAAUAAAGCUCAAUCAUCAAUUGGUUCAUUAAAUAAGAAUGGUUCUAAAUUAGGUGGUUACCAAAUUAACUUCCCACGUGAUUUAGUUACCAACGAUAAAAUGUUAUUAUGCUCAUCAAUGUUCUUAAUCGAUGACUGUUUCGAAUAGACAAGUUAAACAAAUAAAUUAAUUUAUUCUUUAUAUAAAAAAAUAAAUUAAUUCUUUUUUAAAAAAUAAAAUUAAUAAAAAAAAAUAUUAAAUACAAUUUAGUGCAAACCU